UUUAAGAAAGCAAUGUUUGUAAAUACGUUUGUAGAUUUAAAAGCUCGUUUAGAGUUAUUUAAUAUUUUGCAAUGAAGGAUUUAGAGUGGAAAAUUCGAUGAAAUGCUUUUGAUGUAGAUUGUAAAGUUUACCAAUGAACUAACAAGUUUCAAUAUGGCAACAAAAGUGAAACCUCCUGUCGCCGAACAACCUAAUUACUCAUCGACUAAGUGUAAAAAAUCAUGGAAAGCAGUUACAGCCGCUGAACAUUACUUGCAUGAAGGUCGAUAUGGAAAAGCAUUGGCCUUGCUCUUUAAGUAUGAAGAUUGUGAAGCAAGGGCUAUGCUAAUGCUGGCGUACAUGUAUUAUAAAGGACUUGGAGUUGUCGAAGACAUGAAAAAAGCUGUACUGUAUCUACAAAAACUGGCUGCAUUCGAAGAUUUUAGGCCAGGAGAAGAAGCAUUACUGGCUACAGCAUUGUAUUAUCUUGGCGAACUCUAUUACAGAGGAAUUGCUGUAGCUAAAGACGACGUUGAAGCUGAAAGAUGUUGGGUUCGAGGAGCAGUCUUACAGAAAGAUCCUGAAACUGGGUUUCAUUAUUAUGGCUCAGUACAGUGUCAAACAGCUCUAGGGAUGUUCUAUUCAAACCCACUUUUUAAGAACGCAAAGAAAGCUUUUUACUGGCAUAAAAAAGCAUCCGAAUCAGGAAGCGAUGUCUCAGAGGGAGCUUUAGGUGUGAUGUAUAUGCAUGGAAUAGGAACAGAAGUCAAGUUGGAACUCGCUUAUGUAUACCUAGUCAAUGCCACUAUAAAAGGAAACAUUUUUGCCAAAGGCCACUUAGCAGCAUUUUGCUACCGUCGCCAAAUGUAUCACAGAACAGUGACAUUAGGAAGAGAAUUGGCAUCGGAAGAAGAUUUAGAAAGUCUUGCUAGAGAGCGUGAAUGCCCACUCGAACAUGUGAAACAAGGUAUCGCACUUGGUUGCUUUUAUCUGGCACUAUGUAUGCAGCAAGGUUUAGAAAUAGCUCAAAAUAUACAAACUGCUAAGGAGCUCAUUAAAAAAGCCAUACAGUUAUCACCAGAUAUUGCUUAUGAUCUUCACAGCAAAGCUAUUCUGGGUAUGGCUUGACUAAUUUUGUCAAGAUUCAAAAUAAACAAGAUCAGGAAACACCUCUUUCUGCAUGCUGGCCAUUAAUGUUCAAAAUUUAUCAUAUAAAGCAGCUUUUAUCACAAAAAAGCUCGGACAUUUAAAACAGGAAAAAAAGGUAUUACUAAUGGUCAAAAUGAUUCGUAAAUAAUUCAAGAAUACUUCUCAAUAAAUUAAAUCUUCAUGUACGAGUUGCGGUUUGGAUGCUAUCGUAAUUACGCACACAAAUUAAUAAAAUCAUUUGCUUGGAAAUGGAGAAUAUUCCUUAUUAUCCAUGCAAAUACUAUUCCCAAGAAAUAUACACAGAAUCUGUAUUCAAUAAUAUAGUUACUUACUUAGAACUAUCGUCGAAAAUUAGUAUUUCGUCCGAAAAUUAAAAGAAAAAAGUUUUUGUAAUAAAUGUAUCUGUCGUACAGUAAGUGAUGCUCAAAAUAAAAAGUAUAAGCAUGUUUCUUUCAGAUUUUUCUAAAAAUAAUUAAUCACAGCUUAUAAAUGUGAAAGUCAUGUGAAAGUUCUACAUCUGCAAUAUAAUGUCGCAGAUGUAGAACCAGAAAUCCCUGCUCGUACGUGUAGCACUGAGAAAGCGGUAUUCAUGGAUGAUAAUCAGUUUUUGCUUCAAAAUUAUUUUGAAUUUUUAUAAGAACAUUGCGGCAGAGUGAGUUGUUACCUAUGUCUAGAUCGCGGAAUAAGGUGAAUAAUCGUUGGUGAAUUGAAAAUAAAGGUAAUCUCAAAUUCUGGUUGCAAGAUAGUUCAGAGUAAAGUCCUCAAAAGUCAAAUUGCUGCGAGUCGAAUACUUGAUAUAAAAGCAGCUGACGAGUCAAAGCACUUUUUUAACAAAAUUCAAAAGCAAUUUUAGCAAAAGAAAAGUAAAUAAAUAAAUGAAGUAAAUUUUAGAUUUCGUUUGCUGAAUAUUUAUGAAACUACGCAUGGCAAAAUUCAAAUUGUUUUUUAGUUCUAUCUGAAGUGUAAAGGCUAACUCCAAGAAAUUUCUAUUGGUUGUACACUGCUGGCCACCCAAAUUGCAACACCAAGAAAGACCAGAGAUAUCACAACAAAAUUUAUUCAAUAAUAUAGUUACUUACUUAGAACUAUCGUCGAAAAUUAGUAUUUCGUCCGAAAAUUAAAAGAAAAAAGUUUUUGUAAUAAAUGUAUCUGUCGUACAGUAAGUGAUGCUCAAAAUAAAAAGUAUAAGCAUGUUU